UGCUGCCUGUAUUCGACCCACUUCUUUUUGCCGUACUUUAAUUUUCCUUUUUCUUUCUCUUUCUCUUUCUCUUUCUCUUUCCCUCUCUCUUCUUCCCGGAAUAUCAAAAAAAGCCUUUGCAAAUGCAAAGGUAGUUUGCGCGUUUGUUGGGGGUGUGUUAGUUUUACUACCUACUCAGUCGCUGCCUCUUUUAACUAAACACCCCAAUUCACUCAUCUGGUAAUUUCUCUCUCCUCCAAAUCCUAUAACCUCUUUACUAUACUGGAAAUUUAGCGUUUUCAGAUCAGGCUUGCUGGUAAGAAAACCAUGGCUACUGAUACAACAGUCCUUAGUUAUUGGUUGAAUUGGAGGUUUCUUCUUUGUGCGAUAUAUAUCUUGGGUGUCAUGGUGUUUGGUUGUUUUGUUAUAUGGAAAUAUGAAGGCAAAAAGAAAUUGGACAACGAGAGGAGAGAACGCGGUAUUAUACCAGUUGGAGUUUUAUACAAGGAUGAAGUUUGGAAAACAUGCCUGAAAAGCAUUCACCCUUCCUUUCUGCUUGCUUUUAGGAUAUUAGCGUUUGUUCUGAUGUUGGGAAUUAUCAUUGGUAAUACUAUCCAUGAUGGACCUGGCAUCUUUUUCUUCUACACUCAGUGGACUUUUACGCUGACCACCACAUACUUCGGGCUUGCAUCUGCACUUUCUCUUUAUGGAUGCUGGCAUGCUGGUGGUGGUGUUGAUGCAGAGCAAGGAUCUUAUGUUGCUCCAAAGCUCGAAGGUAGUGCGAACACACCUUUUUUAAAAAGCUUGAAUAAUCGAGAAGAAGUUUAUGUUCACAACAUUGCAGGUCGUAUGGGUUAUCUUCUCCAAAUCAUGUACCAGGUAACUGCAGGUGCUGUGCUGCUUACAGAUGUUGUAUUUUGGCUCGUAAUUUACCCAUUUCUAACUUCCAAGUAUUAUAGACUUGCUUUUUUUGAUGUUAGCAUGCAUUCUGUCAACAUUCUGAUUCUUGGGGACACAAUCUUAAAUUGCAUGAGAUUUCCCGUCUUCCGGAUUUCAUAUUUUAUAUUGUGGACUGGAGUAUUUGUAAUAUGCCAAUGGAUAAUCCAUGCUUGUGUUUCCCUAAGUUGGCCGUACCCAUUCAUGGACUUGUCACCUCCGACUGCUCCGUUAUGGUAUGCGGCAGUGGGCGUGAUGCACAUCCCAUGCUUUGGUGCCUUUGCUCUGAUAGUCAAAUUAAAGCACCUAUGGCUUUCAAGAUCGUUUUCAGAAUCCUAUCAGGGUUUAAGGUGAAAAGAACUCGCUCUCUCAAGAAAAUAUAUAUACCGCCUUUACUUUUAGAGAACCGAUUACACAUUUUUCCUCAAAUCAGCCUGUGAGCGUGAGAUGGAUAGUAUCGGAAUUUGAUUUCUCCAUCCUCCACAGGUUAUAUCAUUCAUGAUAGUGUCAUUGAUUUAUUUUUACUCUCCCUGUAAAGCCAAGUAUAUUUCGAAACUGGUCAUAUACUCAUAUGUAUCAGUCCAUAAUUUUAAUGAAGUAUCACAGUUCACAA